UGGCUUGGAUUUUCGCGAAAAGAACUUUUCAAACCAAAAACUAAAUGUUUUCCUCAAUUGAGGCUGGAGCCAGUGCCAGUUUUUUGGCACAUCUAAUUGCAAUCAUCACAUGUCUUAUCUCAUUGACAACGGCUCGAAGCUAUAGCAAUGGUUUGAUAUUCUAUGAACUGGCCAGCCACACACCAUACUUGCCGCCCACAGUGAGUGUGUCUCGUGGUCGGAAUUUGGCCAGUGUCAAGUAUUCGGAAAAGGGUUCGAUUUGGUCAACAUUUGGUCAGCCAUGCGAGUGUCGUGGUCCGGUAUGCGGUUGCUGUGCCGGCCUAAAGGUCGAUCAAUAUAAAUUCGAUCAGAAAGUUUGUGCUAAUGUCACGUUUGUGCCACAAGUGGAGGAGGCCCAACUGGAAGUGUAUCUAAAUGAGCGCCCCUCAUCAAAAUAUGGGAUAUCGGUGCGGAAUCCCAUACCAUUUUGCAUACCUGUCAUGAUGGGUGUCCCGAUGGCAAUGUGUGUCCAAAUGACUGAUGUGGCCAUCAUGAAUAAUCAAUUGAAUAUGUGUAUGGAUUUUGUGGUCAGAUUGGCGACCACCGAUCUAUUUGAGAUGCAUUUCCAAUGCAUGCGAAUGGGCCUGGAUGGUUUACAGUAUGUGGAUAAAAAUGGUAAGCCAGUAUUGCCCACAACCCAAAAUAAAGAUGAUGGUAAUGGUGAUGAUGAUGAUGACAAUGAGAAUGAUAACGACAACGACAACGAUGACGUUAACGAUAAUGAUAACGAUAAUGAUGGGGUUGAAGAGACAAAACAGAAGGAGGAGGAGGAGCAGCAGCAGCAACAGCAGCAGCAGCAGGAGGAGGAGGAGCAACGUGAACCAUCGCCAAUUGAAAGUGAAAUGCUAAUGGCAAACGAUCAAUUGAAUAUGGAGAAGCAAACAGAGGAGCAGGAGCAGGAGGAGGAGGAGAUGAUGGUGAUGGAAGAGGAGGAGACACCUGACCAUGCUGGCGAGAGCGACCUGAAGCCAAACGAAGUAAUUGAAACAAUUACAAUGAUGCACAAUUACACGGUACAUGGAGAAAAGGUGAAUGAAGAGAAGAUGCCAGAGGAGGAGAUACAAAAGUCAGAUGAAGAAAUGGAAGAGCAGGAGGAGGAGGACGAGGAGAAGACGCAAGAGACUACCACAAUACCUGAAUUGGCAAAUGUGAGCGAAAAUGAAAUAAAUAUAGAUGAUGAUGAUGAUGAUGAUGAUGCAGACAAGAAAGACACAAAAAUCGAAGAUGAAGCAAAGAAAGAGCAGGUUAUAGAAACUGAAACUAAAAGUGAGACGGGAGCAGAGCCUGAAGAAGAGUCCCAAACUGAAAUGACUACCGAAAUGACACAAGAUCAUGAGGAAAACGAAGAAGAGGAAGAAGAAGAGGCAGCAGAAGAUGAAGAGGAGGGAGAAGAUAUUGACGAAGCUACUGAAAAUGAAGAUGAGGACGAUAACAACAACAACAACGACGAUCACGAUGCUGAAGGUGAUGAUGAUGAAGGUGAAGUUGAAGGUAAUGAUGAUGACGACGAAGAUGAUGAUGGGGAUGAUGCUGGUGCUGAUGCUGAUGAAGAGGACAACGACGAUAAUAGCAAGCCAAAGGAGGCAAAAGAAAAUCAGUCAGCUAAUGGCAAUGAAAGCUCCUCAAACAGUCGCCAAGCUGUUGAUGACCUUGCUAAUGAGGUCUUUAACCAAUCGAAACGACGACGAUUACGAUUAUAAGUUGUGUGUGUGUGUGUGUGCGCUUAAUUUAUUAUAGUUGUAUUGUAAGUUAUUG